UCCAGUCUGAAACAACCCAAAAAACCCCCCAAAACCAACCAUGAAAGUGACCUUCUUCCUGCUGUUGGUGACCGCCGUGGCCUUCCUGGCCGUGUUCCAGCCCGCAGUUGAGGCCGCCCCUCAGGACGUCGCUACUGCCGAAGUAGCUGAUCCCGCUGGAGUUGCUGAAGCUGGAUCGGAUGGAAAGCCGGAAGGUGGCGCUGCUGCUGGUGGAUCAUCCUCGGAGGAGCAGGGUGGCAAGAAGGGACACGGCAAGGGCAAGGGACAUCACGGUGGCAAGGGAGGAAAGGGUGGUGAGAUGGGAGGCAAGGGCAAGGGCCAGGCCAACAAGGAGAAAGGAGCCAAGGGUCAGGCCAACAAGGGUAAGGGACAGGGCAAGAACUAAGUUGAGGUCGAUGUCAUGAUGAAAUGACUUGAACAAUAAAUUUGAUUUAAAAAUAUGUUGUUUUUGUUUGAAAUGAUUUAUUUUAUAUUAUGAA